CCGAGUUCAGUUUUAAAACAAUGAACUAAAAUACCAACGUGCCGUACAUCGCAUGUCCUAGGAAACAAUUCAGAUGGCCUAGCGAAUCAUUCUAAGUUUCAAUCGGAUAACAAAAAGCCUCGGGAAAUUUGAAAGGAGGUUUAAAUGAUUAAACUGUGCAAAUAUUUAUCUACGAUGUGAAACCGAACCCACAGUAGAUUUGUAGCAGCUGGAGUUAAUAAUAUUCCCGAUCGCCUCCUCUGCAAAGCUUAUUUUAUUCUUUCAAGACACUUCACACUUUUACAUGGCAGGUUUGUAAAGCCACCAGACUGAGUCUGAGAACUUUUCAAGAAAAUAAUCCUUGCAACAGGAAGGGACCAAGAAACGGUCAAAUGGGAAAAAAAAGAAAUUUUAUUCCUAAGCAAAAUAUGCAUAAUUUGCUCGUUGGCACUCUAUCGAUAGGUAUACCUAGUAUUAAUUUUUAUCAGAGAUACAUGAUGGUAGAAGAUUUUAAAAAAUGUUUGGUAAUUAAUUUGCUUUAACAGGAGGACGGUACGAGACAAGGCGACCAUGAAAGAAGUUGUUCUGUCUAAUGAGGAGCUGGAUAUAAUCAACAGACUUCAAAGUUCCCAGUUCCCAAAUGCAGGAUAUGAUCCAUAUGAGGUAAAGCUUUAGGUACCAGAAAAGUUACUGAGCAAGGUAACUUAAGUUACUAGAUUCUUCAUUCUCGGGACCUUUACUGUCAUUCUGUCUUCAAUGAUGAGAGGACCAAGGAUGGUGAAUAAUUUUUGCUACCACCUUCACCAGUUUCACCAACUUUUUCACAAAAUAAUGAAUUUGAAAAACAUUUCAGAAUGUUCCAAAAGAAUGCUUUUCCUGGUCAUCAACAUUUGGUUAACUAAUUUCUCUUACCACCCAGAGCUGAAAGUCUCAAUGCGAAAAUUUAUCCUCUAUGAUACAAAGUUGACUUCAUAAAUAGACUCCGUGGACUUUCAUUACAUCUCAGACUAGAAGGCUUUGAAACCAUGCAAUCUACUUCAGAAAUCAUUUAAUAAAAAUUUCUUCAAUCGCCAUGGUCUUAUCAUCAAGAAAUAUGGUGCAGCCCUGUGAUGAGAUUAGCAAUCCAGGCUUGAAUUGCACCAUCAUAUCCUUACAUCACUUAUUUAUUACUUGCAGAUUUGUAUUUCAGUUGUAUCUAGGUACGUAUGCACGCACAGUUUUAUUUUGUGCGCUUGCAUUAUUUAUUUAUUUAAUUGACAUGUGCAUUUAGAUUGUUUGAAUAUAUUAGGUUAAAUUAAUGGCAUUCUGCAUGUUAUUAUACAUGGUAGGUAAACUGACAGAUACCCGUACUUUAUUUUCUUUCACAAUUAGCCCUAUGUGGAUUUCUUUACUGGUGAAAAGAUGUUACAUCCCUUGAGUGAUGCACCUGAGCCAAAGUCUCGGCACAUUCCAUCUAAAUGGGAGCACAAGAGGGUAUUAAAGCAAAUCAUUUAUUUUAUACAUCACUACUGACAGUAAUGAAACAAGGAUGUGGGGCCAAAAUUAAUUAUAGUGAGGUUCACAAUGUUACUAUUGGUACUUGCAAUGUGUUUAGGUCACUGGUCAAAUUUGGUUUCAGGUGAAAAUGUUUUAAUCUAGGUUGUUUCUAAGUUUCCUUUGUUGUCUUUUGGGGCUCAGAGAGAGGAAGCUGAGAACGAAAUUAGUUUAAAUGAAAAUUAGCCUGAUAUCAACUAUUUGACUUUGUUACUUUUACAAAAGAAGAGUGUAUCCUAAUCUCAUUAUCCUGUGGAUUUGAUGUUGCUGAAGAAAUAGAAAUAUUUUGAGGGAGUGCCAUCUUCUCCUCUUUUUUUGCUUUUUUUUCCAGCUAUUUUUUUGUGCAAAAACUGGGAGGAACUGGUAACUACCCUGGCCUCAUGGUUUUUUUUAUUAAAUGCACCCCCUAAACUUCUGCAAUUUCUAAAAAAACAUUAUUUUUGCAAUAAUAAUGACUGAAGACCUUGGUGGCUGCAUGAUUGUGGUUUAGUAAAGAUUUACAGUAUGUUAAAUUUUGACAUUAUUCUUAUUUUAACUUAUAUUAAAGCUUUAAAAAGAAUAAAGUUCAAUGGUUAUGUUACUGGUAAAUGUUAAGGGAAUCUUUUUAACUCUUAUCACAUAGGUCAUGAAGAUUGUCAGAGCCAUCAGAAAUGGCUGGAUAAAACCAAAGAAAGAUGACAAGGCUGACAAGCCAAGAUAUUACCUGAUCUGGGAUAAAGAAGAUGACCAGGUUUGUGGCUUCCAGUAAAGCCAGGAAUAAAAAUGAAAUCAUCUCUGGUCGUCCAGGAUGAGUAGAUUAUCUUGCUUGCGGCCUGGGCAAGUAUUCCUUUUCAAGCUCACUUGCUCAGUGAGUAGGGAGCCAUGCAAGUCAUCUUUUAAUUAAAUUAUUAGCUAAGGCCCUGGGUAAGGAAAUGUGAGAACUGCCUUUUUAACCCUUUAAACUCAUCAAAUUUGUUGCUCUAGAAAAAUUUUGUACCCCCUCCCCCUUCUCUCUCCAUGGAGGGUUUAUCAGUUUGAAUAUCCACCCACCCCUCUGCAAAAUCCAAUUUAGGUCCUCUUUUUCUCUAAAUGAUUUUGGUCAUUUACAGCACCCCCUCCUUAAUGAAAUUUCUACAGACCCUCUGGGGGUGGGUGUGGAUAUUUUCUGGAAAUGCAAAAUUGUCAGAAAUGUUUAAGUGUAAUGUGCCAGUUACAUGUACUUCAAACUUUGCCAUGCUGUUUGAAAAAAAAAAAAAUGAUAUAAUCAAGUUAACAUAUCAGGGGCAUAGCUAGGGGGGGUCCUGGGGUGCCCGUGACCCCCCCUUGGUAGGCCUUCUUUUGAGCAAACAACCUACAAUAUUCAGGUGGCGAAAAGGCCAUGACAAUUUCUUGGCUGUAAAAGCCAUUGUUGAAAGGCCCACAUUUUUAAAAGUUGUUUUUUUGUAAAGUACCGGUAUUUUCGUCAACAGCUCUUGUCUUUAGUUAAUAUGGGCCUUCAUUCCGCAAUAAUACAACUGAGCCCGCUGAUACACGAGGGAGAGCAGCGGUGAGUAGCCUCUGUGACCCCCCCUUUGAAAAAUCCUGGCUACCCCCCUUCAUAUAGUUUAGACAUAACAAACAUUCAAACUCUAAUAGUGAAAGCCCUGUAAUUUCUUAUCUUGCAGACCAAACCACGACAUAAUAUGCACAUACCAGCACCCAAGAUGAAACUGCCAGGUAUAACUGAAAUACUUAUCAAGAACAGAACUUGAUCGUUUGAUUGUAAAAACAGUGAUCAAUACAGCAGUCUGAGUUCCAUUUAUUUUACUUUCAAUUAUUGGUCCUUAUAACAUUAAACCUUCUUAACCUUUAUUAUGCAGAAGAAUGAUAAAAUAAUUUAAUUUUUAGGUUGUAAACCAUUUCAAUUCAUUUGAACUUUUUUUUAAAGGUCAUGAAGAAUCUUACAACCCUCCCCCAGAAUAUUUACCAACAGAAGAAGAGGUAAAAAUAACUGAAGUGCCACCCUGAUUUUAGACAUGAUAAUCAUUAACAGGAUGGUCAAAGAAUUGUUAAAUUUUGAGAUAAAAUUCAAAAAAUUUCUCAAGGUUGUAAACAGAACAAUAGACUAAAAUAGUGUUUUAUUAUAGUAUUUUUUAUUGUCUUUGCUCUGCACCAAUUAUUACAAUGUAGGAAACAGUAUCACAGCCUUGUGUCCUAAGCCAUAUUUUUCAUCGAGUGAGACGUAAUGGACAUCUAAAGAGCAUUAAAACUAGUGAUUUUUAGAGACCAUUUGAACCUACUCCUAGGUUUGUGGCAUCUUUAUAACUACAUGACUUGUUAUCUUUUAACUCAGAUUGCAGCCUGGGAGGCCAUGGAUCCUGAUGACAGGCCACAGAAUUUCUUGCCAAAAAAGUAAGUUUCCUUUAUCUCUACUUUUUAAUCAGAUAUUUUCUUCUCAGUAUGCUGUACUUCUCUUUGCAGAGCAAUUUUCACCAACAUUCUUUUUGAUGAAGUUUUUUUGUUGAAUUAUAGGUACUCCAGCCUUCGUCUUGUUCCAGCUUAUAACAAGUUUAUACAAGAAAGAUUUGAACGAUGCUUGGACCUUUACCUCUGUCCAAGGCAACGAAAAAUGAGGGUGAGUUUGAUUAAAAAGCACAAAGGAAUUCACCUUCUCCUAGGCUUAUUUUGUAACUAGUUCUCGUCAUUAGAUUACAACACAGUCGUGGACUCAAAAAGCCACUGAGGUUAAAUGUGAGCAAUGCUAAAAUGAAGGCUGUCUGUCCUAGUAAUAAAACUUUGAUCAAUGAUAAGUACAUGUACCACAAUCACAUUUGCCUUUUCAAAGUGACAACUUACUGUAGUCUUAAAUGUACAUUAUGGUCUAGCCAGCAAAAUACAAUAAAUAUUGUUUUUCUCACCAAUGUACAAUACUGUUCACUUUUCUUUAGGUCCAAGUAAACCCUGAAGAUCUCCUACCUAAACUACCAAGACCAAAGGACUUACAACCAUUCCCCUCAACGGAGUCCAUUGUAAGGGCAUUAACUUGUUAAAAAAAGCUUUUAAAACAUUACCAAUCAAAUUGGCAUGAAAUGCAAGUACAUAUAGCUACUGGAAAUAAUUAUGAAUUUGCCUUGUAUAUAGGUAUACAAAGGUCACACAGAUGUGGUAAGGUGUGUUGUUGUUGACCCAUCAGGACAGUGGAUAGCAUCAGGUAAGCAGUGAUUCGAAGCUAGGUUUGGGUACAUUAAAGUGACUGGAAUCUCCAGUAAAGCAAACCUUAGCCCUUUUAUUCCAAAAGUCAGGGGGCUCGUUCUUGCAGGCUAAGUCUAUGAUCGAAAUCCUAUGGGAUGGCCAUUUUGGUGAAUUUUUUUUCGAGAGCAGGGAUCAUUGGGAGAUCCCUUAAUAGUUAGAUAUGACGAACAAUCAGCAAUUUGAUUGCCAACUGACGCUUGUGCUUCCCGCUCUGCUUCCCCUUUGAAUGUUCAAGAUAACUUUCCUAAAGGACCGUCCUAGGACAUUAGAGUCCAUCUUAGAGAGGUUUCCAGGGCGAAAGGAGAAAUAUCGAGGACGCCUGAGCAUGCAAGAGGGGAGAAAAGGACACCCUUCGCGUGUUCCCCUCGCGCACGCUCUAUACUAAAAAACUUACCAAAAAAGGUAACCGGCGGGUGCCACGCAUGCUAAGCCAGGGCAGGCGCCGAGUUUAUGUGUUUGUGAUGUCCAUUAAAAGAGCGGAGUUGGCUGAUCGUACUCCAUUAACGUAUUUACCAUUACCAUGUCACCACACAGCUCGGGCAAGCAACCUUAAAUAAGUUCACUGUCCUUAAAACGCUGUUUCCAAUUCCUCUACCGCAGGAGGUGACGACAAGUUAGUGAAGUUCUGGGAAGUGUGCACUGGUCGAUGUCUCAAGACUUUGCAAUGUGAUGGAGCUGUUCUAAGCAUGGCGUGGAAUCCCAAUCCAUCGCUAACUCUUUUGGCUGUUGUUGUGUAAGUAUUUUCUUUCAGUCUUGACGGAACACGGUAUAAUACACGGAGAAUUUGUGUCAAGAGAACAACUUUAAAAAUUAAAAACAACCUUAAAAUUUAACCAGGGAUCAGCUUUUUGCCUAGGAUUUUCGGUCUAGGACUAUCACUUUUAAAAUGAAAACGACAAAAAAAUCAGAUUUAAUGAUAUGGAAAUAACGGCGGAUCAUAUUUUCGUCACCUGCAGGUCCUGUUUGUUCAAAAGGGUAAUAACGCUAUCCACCGGAUAAACCUCUAUCCAGUGGAUAACACAAUUUUGUCUGCACGAUACUUACCUUCUGGACAGUGAUUUAUCCGGUGGAUAGCGCUAACCAGCUUUUUAGUAACUCGGACCUGUUCUCAAGUGACCGACAUGACAGUCGUUAACCCUCAACCUAGGGUGUGGCUUGUUAAAAGAGGAGCUUCCCUGUUAACCAGAAGGAGAUACUGCAAACAAGACAAGAGGAAUAUUUUCGAUUAUUUUGCGGGGCUGUAUGAAUAUAUGGUUAUCGGCAUUUCCUGAUGUCUUUUCAGGUCGGUGCCGACCCUUUGUCGGCCGACUGCCGGUCGUUUGUCGGCCGACAGAUUUUUUGAGGAGCUAUUUUAAAGUGUUACCCAAAUGUAAAUUUACAUUUUAGAAUUUACCAUUAUGUACUCAAAAGAAAAAUGCGCUCUGCAUUCUGCGUUCAUGUUUUGCAGGGAACAGAGAGCCGUAAUAGUGAAUCAUUUCCUUGGUGAUAAACUCUUAUGUGCUUCCACGGACGAGCUCAUUGAAUCAUACGCUUCUCAAGGGGAAGGUAUGGUACAACAACAAAAAAAUGCUUGAUAUGAUCAUAUCUGCAGUGUAUUUGUGAAAUGGCUAUUUAGCGAGAACGCUCAGAAAAAUAGUAGCACUUUGCCAACUUUCUCUGCACACGGUUGGAAGCAAAAUACCGCAAGAUUACUCUUUCAGAAGCCAGUCUAAUUCCUGACCGUACUGGCUUUCGGACUUUAAAAAAAUCUAAAACUUACCUUUAAAAUAAAUUAUGUGAUUUUACUUUAAAGCUGGAUCGAAGGAAUCCGGUGUGGAAUGGUCAGUUGCAAGUGAAGAGAAGUACACGAACGGAUAUCGCCUGGUUAUAAAACACAACAAGGCAAGUAUCUUGAGGGUGGUUUUCAGUUGUGUCUAAAGUAGUUUUUGUGAGUGCACGCUUUCCUUUCUGCCUGGCUGAUGAAUUUCGCGCCUCUUUCCCGACCAGUAACAAUUUGUUUGCACACAUUUCUUCCGCUUUCGUCAUAGGCCAUGUGCAUUUGUUCCAAAUUCUGAUUGGCUGGAGUAAUUACUUGAGUCAAAAUUCACUAUUUGCACAUUGCCAAUAAUAAGCCCCGUUUACCUCCUAAAAUUUUACGUAGCCAUUGUUUUCGUUCUCCUGGGACGACUGUAAUCCCCAGGAGAAAUUGAAAACAAUGCUUUUGCAAAAUUUUGAGCUUUAAACAAGGUAUAGUAUGGGCAAUGUGAAAAUAGUGAAUGAAAAAGACGGAGGAAGUUGUUUCACCAAUCAGUUUCGAAAACAAUUACCGGUUACUUGGCUUUGUGUUUCUUUUGUGGGAUCCGCGCCUUUUUCUUACCUAACCAGAAGUGUAAACCAAACCGAAUAGCAAUUUGUUUGCCCAUAUCGUAUCGGGCUUGUAUCGCUACUGCGGUUCACUUUUCUUCGAUUUUGAUUUUUUUGCUUUUGAAAACUUCCCUUUUUGACAGGUUAUUUCACAGAUAACAUGGCAUGGAAAAGGAGAUUAUUUUGCCUCUGUUACACCCGAAGGUAAAACAUCCUUUUUCUGUAACCUUGUCCAGUGUCCAUCAAUGAAAACAGUGUUAAAUUUGAGAUCAAUUAUAAUCAAAGCUCCGUUUUCUGAGUGAUGGGAAAACGUUCUUUGCUGACAAGCUUUUGGCCAACCAUGUACGUUCAUGUAUAUAUUUUUUCGAAUGCCUAUUUUUUUAUGGAUAAUAACAAAUCAAAGCCUCAUUCAUGUAUGUUUUUCCUCAUAGGCGGCAACAAAUCCGUGUUUAUCCAUCAAAUGACAAAGCGUCGAAGCCAGGUAUUCUUAAUGCAGGCUUUCUUUUCUAAUGGCGUUUGCAUUUACUCAACUUUGAUUUCUUUUUUUUUUUCGCUUACUAGUGUCCUUUCAAAAAAGCCAAAGGUCUCAUUCAACGCGUGUUGUUUCACCCAACCAGACCAUUCCUUUUCGUUGCUGUAAGUAAAGUUCUUCUUACAUAUUCAGCUUAAAGGGUCUUAAAGAGGAUAUAAAUCACGUAGUUUUUUUUUUGUUUUUGGCGGAAAUAUAGGGAGCAUGCGAGCGUGAAUACAACCAAAGACCAUUUUCACGACGACUUUAUUUUCCUAAAACUGCCAGAAUUCAUUUCGUUUUUGCUGUCUCAUUUGAUGUUAGUAAUCCCAGCGUGCCCAAAUUCAAUCAGCAAAUCAAAAUGCGGAGGGGUUCUGGGUAUUAAAUGUUCCGUCACCAUGAAGAUGGCUUAUUUCAAAAGAUAAUACUCCCUUGAGUAUCGUCACGUGACCAACAAUGGGUCAACAAAACCAGUAAGCCUGGGCCAUUUCCGAUUUGCCCUAAGCCUCUGUUUCAAAACGAGGCUAAUUUCAAAUGAUUUUCUUUUCUCUCGCAUAUAACACAAGAAAGGUUUUGCACCUCGCCUUGUUUCGAAAGUGAAGGUUUUUGGAACUCGGAAAUGGCCUUUUUCAAAAAUACCAUAAUACUCUUUGUUUUCGCUCCAAAAUUUAGCAUAUUAAGCACUGUUUUCAAGUUCUCAAGUUCCAAGGAAAAAAAGCGCUCCGCUGUCUGUCCCAAAUGGCACCGAAGUUUGUCUGUUUUAUUCACUCGUCUGAUUUGCUUUUGUUUUUAGACCCAACGUUUUAUCCGAGUUUACAAUCUCACUAAACAAGAACUAACAAAGAAACUCGUUUCAAACGUGAAGUGGAUCUCCAGCAUGGCUGUUCAUCCCAAAGGUAACAAGGGGUCGUGAAAAAUACGCCGUACGUGCCGAACUCUGUAAUUUGGUUCAACAGAAGUACGGCUUCAAUUCAGACGUCGUGCUAGAGUCGAACUGAUUAGGCAAUUUUCACGAUGACGCCACAUUUAACUACAAUGGUGGCUAGUGAUGUAGCUAGCGUUUUAGGAUCUCAGCUUAUUACUAACGAUAAAUCUCUGCUGUCAACUUUUUCCAUAGGUGACAAUUUGAUCGUAGGAAGUUAUGAUCGCCGAUUAUGCUGGUUUGAUAUGGACUUGUCGACCAAACCUUAUAAAACACUUAGGUUAGUACUCCAUUAAUCACGGUUAGAACAACCAUUUGCUGCCUUCUUGAAACUAAGUUAUGGGAAGCCAGAUUUUGUAAAGGCAGGGGGUCGUAAGGCAGACAACGGAGAGGGGGAUACGCGUCGCCGAAGGAGAGGUGGGAGGGUCGAAAAUUAUAACCCGGCGAAGAGCGGCGUUACGUGGUAAAAGAAGGCAAGGGGACUCCCCUGAGAAUUCUAGACGAUUGUUUAUAAUGCCCCGGGGUGCCACGAGGAUACCAGCACAACGCUUAGGCAAAAUCUGUGGUUAUUCUAACAGUGAAAGUAGUGAAGGGGAAAUGGACAGAAACAAAACCUAGUUAGAUCUGGUACAAAAGAAUGAGGAGAGUCUCUCGAAGUCUCUUAUUUUCUUUUAGUUUGACCAGGGAGCGCGUGUCAUCUGUUCCCAAUGAGCGGGAGUCGAGCAAGCGCGCAAUCUACGAACCGAGUGGAGCGAGACAGAAUUUAUUCGUUCUUUAUGUUUUUUUUUUUUUGCCGUAAACGUAAAUACGAGGUACCUUAGUCUCGUAAUUAAGCUGUACUUGCAUUUUUCUAUUUCAGGAGCCAUAAGAAAGCGUUACGUCAGGUGACUUUUCAUCGUCACUACCCUCUGUUUGCUUCCGCUAGUGAUGACGGGACGGUUAUCGUUUGUCAUGGGAGAAUCUUUAAGUAAGUUGCAUUCCCCACGCCAGAAACUAUAGGGGAAAUGGCCACAUCCUUUCGGCGCAAUAUGAUUGGUUAAUGGUUGCCUUGAGUACGAUCGACCAAUCACUGCACCAAAAGCUUGUACCCAUUCUCCCUAGAGUUUCUGAAGUGGAGAAUUUUGUUCUGCCAAGGGAGUGUAAGCACUCCCUUCCCACUCCUCCCUAAAUCGAGAGGCUCCCACCCGUAAGGGAAACUGAACUUCUUUUGCACGUUGUGUUAUUCUUUGUAGUGAUUUGAUGCAGAAUCCACUGAUAGUUCCUGUCAAAGUUCUUAAGGGUCACAAGGUCCAGGGAGAAUUAGGUAUGUUGAAUAUUUAUCAAACUUCGGGGCGAUUUCUCUGUAUUCAUUACGGCGGGUGGCAAACAUUGUUGAGUAAUUUGUAUUUUUACCACUUCCAGACAAAUCAGGGUCUCCUACUACUUUUUUUUUUGGCUCCGGACUGUCUAAUCUAACUCGAGUAAGAGUGUUUCAAUAGGAUAUACAAACACUGAGAAGUUCGUUGAUAAAAUACAGUGCAGUGAGGGUUUUUCAACCGACGUUAAGUUAUUUGGAUUCCCCCAGAAACACUCUUUCAAAUGUUAUCAGACCUUAACAACUACUGAUAUUUCCUCACGAUAUCUAAGGAAAAUUUGGAGUAGCGAAUUCGUUCGCUUUCUGUUCAUGAAUUAUUAUCGAACUUUAGAAUUGUCUCGCCCCAAUUAAGGUAAUCUGGGUUACGGAAUCCGGAAAUUUUUUUCUUGUACAAUACGGAAUCCUGGGUUUUAUAAUCCGGAAUUCAUCUCUAGGAAUCCAGAAUCCUGCAAACGAUUGUAAUCCGGAAUCCAAGUUCCACUGACUAAGAGUCCGGAAUCCAGUACAUGGAAUCCGGAGUCCACGUUUCCUCAACUUAAGUUACGUCAUUCUUAUUACAGGCGUACUGGAUUGCCAGUUCCAUCCAACUCAGCCCUGGAUCUUUACUGCUGGUGCAGACCAUCUUAUCCGACUUUACACGUGACAUACCCUGCCCGUCCCGACAACAUGACGGGUUGGUCCUGUGCAAGUUGUUGUCCCCAGGUCCUGAAGAUGAGCUGGUGCUUCACGUAGAAUGGUCACCAUUUUUCAACGAAGCAGAUUUUAAAGCUUUUGGCUGUCACGUAGGAGGAAUUAACUGCUUUGGUGAAAUCUUGCCAGAUCAGAGAGACAACCCGAAGCAUUAUUCGUGGAGGGUCGCGUCCGCAAGAGGUUAUAUGUAUGGAUUUCUAAGAAAGAUCUUGCCGGCAAAGUGGCGUUUACCGGCCUUAAGAGCCAACAAACUGGACUGGAGAAGGUUCAGCCAUCUUAACGUGGGUUCAUAUAAACUCCAACCCAUAAACUAAUCAGAGGAGUUACGAUAUAAGAUCUAGACUAUUCGUACGGGCACGUGACCCACCCUAUUGACGACUGAGACGUUCUUACCCUUCCAAUAAAUAUGUACAUUUAUUUACAAUGAUCACCGUCCAGGUAUUCUCUAUAUAGGUGCCUCUAAAAGUGUUCAUGAAAUUCUUUUGACCUUGUUGAAACUCAAUUUUAUCUUAAAAAAGUUGAAAUGCGUACACGACGGUCACACUUCAAGUUCCCCUCACCUAAAAAACCUUUAAAGAUUGCCGAUUUUAACGUUUUAUGGAACAAUGAACUACAGUCAGACCCCGUUACAGUCAACGGUCGCCUUGCGGACACCCCGCUUAAAUGGACACCCCGUCAACGGACAGCAGCUGUCGACGUUUGACUGAAAUAAACUCUC